UUUUCUUUUUCUUUUUUCUCUUUUGUAUUAAAUGAAGACAUAUACAAAAGAGGAAGUGGCAAAACAUAAUAAAGUGGAUGACUUGUGGGUCAUCAUUGAUGGCAAAGUUUUUGAUCUAACAAAAUUUGUGAAUGAACAUCCGGGAGGAAAGAAGGUGCUGCUGAAAAAGGCAGGAAAGGAUGCUAGUAAAGAGUUCAAGACGUUCCAUAAUGAAUCUAUCAUGCAGCGUAUUGGUCAGCCUAUGCAGAUUGGUGUUCUCGGCACAGAUGUUCAUCAAUCACCGUCACAGCAAUCAGAAUCCAAAGAUCAAGCUGACAUAACCCAACGGUUUGGAGAAAACAUUCCUUACAGCGAUCCAACUUGGUAUCAGGAUUGGAAUAGUCCAUACUAUCAGGAAUCCCAUAUUCGCCUAAGAAAAGUCAUGCGAGAAUGGGUUGAUAAGGAACUGACUCCUCAUUGCCAUGAAUGGAGCGAAGCAAAAGAAUUUCCUCGUUCUGUCUUGAAGCGAGCUGCAGAGGUAGGUUUUCUUUCUGCUCUGCCAAAUGGUGCAAAUAAGUACCCUGAGUUACUACCCUAUGGCUUUCCUGCAGGCAUACCUGCUUCAGAAUUUGAUAUAUUUCACGAGUUUAUUUGUGUUGACGAACUAGCUCGUGCCGGUUCUGGUGGCCUCAUCUGGUACCUGGAAGGCGGCCUUGCCAUUGCUCUUCCUCCCAUCAUUAACUUUGCUAGCGAUGAAAUCAGAAACCGCGUUGUACCUGAAUGCUUAUCUGGAGAUAAAGUGAUCUCCUUGUGUAUCACAGAACCUUCGGCAGGAUCUGAUGUAGCCAAUCUAACAACCACAGCCAAAGAUAUGGGAGACCACUUUCUGGUCAACGGAGAGAAGAAAUGGAUCACGCAAGGCUUGUUUGCUGACUAUUAUACGGUAGCCUGUCGAACGGGUGGGCCUGGUAUGGGAGGCAUUUCAUUAUUGCUAAUUGAAAGAAGCAUGCCUGGAGUCAGCGCGAGAAAGAUGGAUUGCCAGGGUAUGUGGGGGUCAGGCACUUCCUACAUUACUUUUGAAGAUGUCAAAGUGCCCAAGGCAAAUCUUAUCGGACAGCUUAACCAAGGAUUCAAAUAUAUCAUGCAUAAUUUCAAUCAUGAGCGACUUGGUAUUGUCAUGCAAGCUAGCCGUCUGUCCCGUGUGUGUAUUGAAGAAGCAUUCAAGUAUGCUUUAAAACGCAAGACAUUCGGACAACGGCUUAUUGAUCAUGCCGUGAUCCGUAAUAAGCUCGGACAUAUGAUCCGUCAAUGUGAAGCAACGCACGCAUGGCUCGAGUCGAUUCUUUAUCAAGUCAAGACAUUACCUGAAUCUAGCCAGCCUUCACUGCUAGGUGGGCCCAUCGCGCUUCUUAAAGCUCAAAGUACACAGACAUUUGAAUAUUGUGCAAGAGAAGCGUCUCAGAUCUUUGGUGGUCUCGCAUAUACUCGAGGUGGUCAAGCUGAAAAAGUAGAACGAUUGUACCGUGAAGUACGUGCGUAUGCUAUACCUGGUGGCUCAGAAGAGAUUAUGCUUGAUUUGGGUGUUCGCCAAGCUAUGAAAAAAUGUGCUCACUUGUAAAAAUAAAGCAUUUUCUUUUUAUAAAAAAGCGUAGUCUUUAAUUUUCCCAGCAG